AAAUAGAAAUCCCGGAAGUAAGAUGAGAUUUUCCUUGUUUACAAAGCUUAGAAGAAGUCAAAUACAUUGACAUCUACAGAAGCUAAAAAGGAUUUACUGGCAAGUUUGGAUCAUAUGAUUUCAUGGCGCAGAGCCUUCGGAUGUUCCAGGUGUUAGCGGCAAUAACUAUUUUUGUUUAACAGUCGAACACUUUUAAAUUACGGCUAGCAAAUCAAACAGCAUGGCUGGCCCUAGUGGAAGAGCCAGCAUUGUGCCUGGUUCUAAUGCUGCCAGGACACAUUUGCCACCCACACCUAAGAAGCCAAGCAUGAACAUUAGGAAAGUGGCUGUGCUGAUGCCAGACAGCAGAGAGGCAGCUCAGCUCAUUGAGCUGGACCAGACUAUAGACUUAGAUGCCAUUAUUCAAGAAAUAACAGAAAAAUGGCACUUGGAAGAUCCUAAAUCCUUUGCUCUUAGAUUCAAUGAAGCUAAUCAGAAAAUGUAUAUAACAGAAAAGAAUCGAAAAGAUAUUAGAGAUGGUCAAGUUUUAAAUUUGACACCAUCAGCUCAUCUUACAGCCAAAUUGAUCAAAGCUGCUUUGAGUGGUGAGCAGUUGUCAGACAAAACUGAAGCUUUGAGGAAGCUCACCUUCCUCUCGUCUGACAUCACCUUCGCUGAAGAGUUUGUCAGGUUGGAUGGGCACAAAUUUCUCAUUGAAAAUAUCACAAGUGGGAAAUUUAAAGGUGACCCACUGACCAAUACCUUGCAGUCAUUUGUUCUUAUAAUGGACCAUAAUAUUGUUAGCUGGGAAAUGUUGGAGCCUGAAUUUAUCAAGAGAGUUGCAGAUUGUGUAAAUAUUACUGCCAAUGCUGACACCACAUGCCUUCAGUUUGCUUUGGACAUUCUCAAGUCAGUUGUACUUAACUGCUCUUCUAGGCAGUAUGUCAUUGAACAGACAGUGACACCAGUAAAUGUAACUCCACAUUUAGAGAGUAAAAGUGCAGAUGUACAGAAGAAUGCUAUCGCUCUAAUCAAUGCUUUGUUCAUGAAAGCUGAUGAUGUCAAGCGAAAAAAAAUAGCAGAAACUCUUCAGACACAAAGAAUGAGAAAUAAUAUACUCAGCAAUGUUAUCCGAGGUCAGAAUGUUGGUGCUGGCAUGGCCCAUGAACUCUAUGUACUCCAGACCUUGCUGCUAAAUCUGAAUGAGGAAAGGAUGAGGAAAUCUGUGGAUAUACAUGACCAUGCAAUUCUUAGAGAGAUAGAUGAAUUGCGUAGAAUUGCCUUUGAUGUAGAAGGAGACCCAAAUAUAAACACAGUCAGAAAAACACAAAACUCUGCUCAAGAUUAUAAAAAAAUGGGAUUUGAGAAUAUCAACAAUCCAAUAGAAGAUUUUGUAGCUGCUCCACCUGGUGUAUUAUCAUUAGAUGUCAUGUUAUACUUUGCCCGUAACCACGGGGAAAGCUAUAUGAAAGUCAUUGUCGAGAACUCAACAAGGCAAGACGACCAUGACUGUCCUUUUGUACAGGCAAGCAAGAUGUUGACUAAAAUUUUAUGUGAAAUUCUGAAAAUCGGCGAGGCUCCAUCAGAAGAUGGGGAGACCUACUACAGUAUGUUCUUUACACAUGACAAGCCAUUUGAAGAGUUCUUCUGUAUUUGUAUACAGUUGUUGAACAAGACCUGGAGAGAAAUGAAAGCUACGUCGGAUGACUUUCAAAAGGUGCUGGAUGUUGUACGGGAACAAAUUAUUAGGAUAUUGGAUCAGCUGCCAACUUCUCUGGAGACAUUUCGCACCAAAAUCAACUCCCUGACCUACGCACAAAUUAACAAGUUAUGGGAGAAUGAGAGGCUUUUGAGGGAAGGUCAAGGGGCCCAGCUCAAGCCAAUCAUAGAAUUGAGAGAAAAGAUCAAGCCUGAGAUUAUGGACCUCAUUAAACAACAGAGAAUCAAAUAUUUGAUGGGUGGCAGCAGAUUUGCCAAGUACAACAAAGGCGGACGAAUUCGAGAUAAAUUCUGGUACUGGAAACUAGCUCCUAACCAGAAGGCUCUGCUGUAUGGGGAAUGUGAUGAAAAUCUAACUCCACAGCUAGAAGAGCUACCCAACAAAUUACUGAUAUCAGAUAUACAGAAAGUUUUGACUGGAAAAGAUUGUCCUCAUGCCAACUCUAAAACAAGUAAAACCAAACUGCCAGCUAUGAAUGUGGCCUUCUCAUUCAAGUGUGAGCAGGAUGUUGAACCUUUCUGCUUCAUGGCUGCCUCUGAGAAUGAAUAUGACAUGUGGACAGAUGGAGUCAACUGUUUGAUUGGUUCUGAGAUGACCAGCACUCAAGUCACGAAAGAUCUGGAAACUCUCCUCUCCAUGGAAAUCAAAAUGAGAAUGCUGGACACAGAGGGCGUAACGAUACCGGCUGAGGCUCCGCCCAUACCCCCACCUCCAGCCAAUUAUAAUUUUGCUUACCUCAAUUUGUGACCUAAAUAACUUGCAGCGCAAUUUCUCAUUGACUUUAAUUAAUAAACAAAAGGCAUUGCAUCUCUUUGACUAAACGAUUCAUCUACAUUGUGUUGGCUAUUUUCUAGACCUUGGAUUUGAUUGAAUGGAAUUGAAAACCUGCUGGUCAGGAGAACAUUUCUUAGAUUGAAACUCUUUUCCGAAAUCUAGCUAUAAUUUUUUAAUUGAAUAAUGUAAACUUUUAUUUUCAAACAACAAUAUAUUUUUCAAUUAUUGCAACAAAGUAACAUGUAAUGUUAUUAAUGAUAAUGGCACCAAACAUUGAAGACAAUUUAAAAAAAAAUCAAUAUAGUUUUUGUGUGUAGUUCUAAUAGAGUCACCAUUUGGCCUUAAUAGAUAUUUAUACAUAAAUAUGGGUUUAAUUUUUCUAUUAGGUCUGAAUGUGUUAGUGCCUUAAGAUUGCAAACAAAUACUGGAAGAGAAUUUUUGUUUACAUACUGUGUAGAAUAGAGCCCAAGAUUCUGAGUGCAAAAACAAAACAAAGAACUUGUUAGUAUUGUGAAGUAAUUUGUUUUUUUCUUUAGUUUCUGUUUGAUUAGCUAAGCUUAAGUUUAAAAUCAAGAUCCCCAAAAAUGUAAAUAAAUGUCCAUUAUCCAAACUAUGCAGAUGCUGUGAAAGUAGUAGAAAGCAUGUGUUCAGUGUAGUUUUAAAUAAUGUGAGGAUGUAGUCUUGUUACUCUUGCAUCUAUACUGUUGACGUUUAGUGACCAACAAAGAUUUAUUUAAUCUUAGUUUAGGUUUCUAUUAGUUUCUGGAUGGCUACCUGGUCAUGUGGUAUGCAUGGACUGUUGUUUUGAUGGUCCUGAAUUUGAAUUCUGCCCCUCCUCUUGUGGUCUUGUUGGACGUUUGGGCAAGGAUCUAAUAAUCUUCAAACUCAGAAGGAACAUCUGAACUGAAACGUGUAAAAUAAACAGAACAAAUGAAUCAUGCUUAGUACAAGAGUUUUGUCCCUAUUUAGAAUGGAGCUCAAUGUUGCCUUGUGACUCUCGAUGCAAAAGAUGUUCAAAAAUGAUUUUGUUGUUUGAACUGAAGGUGGUUCAUUGUCUCUCUUCAGGUACCAGUAGUUACAUUUUAAUAAAGACACAGGUGGUUCAUUGUCUCUCUUCAGGUACCAGUAGUUACAUUUUUAAAAAAUCAUAAUUUUUAAGCUGAUUAUGUUGCAAAGCCAAAUAUCUUUGAAAUUCCUUAUUUCCUUGUAACAUAAUUUAUGUCAAGAUGUUCAAAGCCUUGACUUGAUAUUGUGUUAAGACAUUGACCAACUCUCAUGUCAAUGUUUGUGUCAUUGAGCAUUUAGAGAAGUCAAGAAAAACAAAAGUUUGCACUGACCCAAAUGUUGUUGAUCAAUUGUUUUUGUAUUUGAUUUAAUAUAUACUGCAAGAUCAAUUGUUUUGUAUCUGAUUUAAUAUACACAAGAUCAAUUGUUUUUGUAUUUGAUUUAAUACAUACAUACAACUGGAGAACUGAGAAAUGGUUAUUUUAUUAAAUAAGAUCUAUUAUACUCUAAUAAUACAAUGCAGAUUUAUUCUUGAGUGUGUGUAGCAUACAGCUUAGCAUUGCUGCUUUGUAUAGCAAGCUGAUUAGCUGUUGCAUUGUUUUCACUGCACAUCCUUUAUAAUAUCAAGAGAUGACCACCCAAGUGCAUUUAAAGCAUCAUCAUCAUCAUAUGUAUUGAUAUCCCAUCAGCCACUGUGCUGCAUUGAACUUCCUAACAGCCUAAGUUUUACAAACAUUAUUUUAUACAGGUCAUGCUUAGCCUAUAAGAGCAACUGUUUGUUUUUUUUCUCAAUUAUGCAAAAUAUUUUAUUCAAGAUCAAAAUGUUUAAAAAAUUUUAAAUCUUGCUUGUAUCAGAACUUGUCAUUUCCAGUUGUAUUUCUUUAAAUAAUUUGUAUGUUAUUUCUAUUUCAUAUAUACAUAAACAUUUAAGGAUGAUUUUAUAGAGAUAUGUUAUAAACAACCAAAUAGACAUAGAUGUGGUUUCCUAGUAUAUAUUUCAAUUUGAUAUCUAGAAGCCUAGCAAUAAAUUUGAAUUAAAAUAUAACAUUUAAUUAGUGUGGCUCAAUAUCUGGGUCAUUCAAUUUUCCAUUUACCUCAUUGAUUAUGAAUCCUGUCCUAAGGCUAUAAUGGACAUUUUAGUGUGAUGGGAGAGAGUCUUAUUGAGUAAGACUUGUAGAGAUCUAAAGAGCCAAAAGUAUUUCUCUCCUUUUUGAUAGAAGGCUGUAAGAACAGUUGUAUUCCAGAUGUUAGACAUGAAAUAGUUGUUCUCAGUAUUGCAGACUUACUGUGUUUGAAAGGCUUCAACUCAAGGGGACAUGCAACUUAUUGAAUUGGUUGGCUUCAUACUUUUUGCUGUAAAUGUAAAUUCUUGUUUGAUCUUUGUGUUUAACUUGGUGUCGUUGUCUUAGAAUUAUUGACUGGAAAUAUACACUGUCGAACUGAAUAAGAUUUUCUUGAAAAAAAAAUAGAUCAGUUUAUUUUAUGUUAGUUUUAAAAAUAGGUUUUAAAUUAUCCAUAUCAAAACCUAUUGUAUUGAUUGUCAAGUCCCCACCUAAAUCUAUCUGAAGUAUCCAAUGUUGAGUAGAACUUUCUCACUGCUACUGGCACUGAAAUAAAAAUGAGAGAUUCAAUGCAACCAUUUGUGGUAGCACAAAGUGUCAGUGUAUUUGGAUUGAAAGGCAAGUGGCUGUUUAGGCACUGAAGUGUUUAUUAUCAACAGGUGCUUGAAUGGAAAUGUUUGAACACUAAUCCACUGUUGAUCUUUUAUUGUGAUGCAUGAGAAAGCUUUGCUGAUGAUGUAGCCCUGUACAAACAUCUGGUGAAUGUUAAAUCUAGAGUAAGGCCAGAGAAUCUUGUUAUUAAAUUCAAUUUUAAGAAAACUUUAUGCGUAAGUGUGCUUGUACAUAGAGCUUUCAUUGUCUUUGGCUGCUAAGUCACAUAGCUUCCUGUUCAACGCCCUGUCUUCAGCUUCUUUCUAUCCAAGAAGUUGUUUAGCAAUGUCCUUCUUGUCUAAGAGCUUUGUUAUUGAAUGUAGUAUAGCUUUGAGUCUUUUGAUCAAGCAUUUGGUGUUACGCUUUGAUGUAUUAAGUCUGUUAAAAGUUUUGACAUCAAGCCUUCCAAUAUCAUGAAUAUUCCAUUAAGUGACCUAUGGAAUUAAAUUUUCACUAUACUGAAUUUUGUACCUCGGCAGAGCUUAGAAUAACCUGUGAAAUUUGAAGCACAGUUAACAAAAGGUUCAGUACUUUGUUUUUUUAAUCCAUUGCUGUCAGAAGCAGGAGAGAGGUUUGUUUGGCUUAAACUUAACUAGAUUACUUGUUUUCAUGUAUGCAUUGAACCAGCCGCCCAGAGAAGAGUGUCAUUGUUUGUUGAUAUAUGUCACAUUUAAAUUCUUUGUCACAAUUGUGAUCACCUACUACAUUGCUGGAUAAGUGUUACCUUACACUCACUGUUAUAUAUAUAUUUUUUUUACAUUUAUAGCUUACUCAGCUUUGGUCUUCCUUGACAUUCCAUGCCAUUGGGUUGUUCCCCUUGAUAGAAAGAUCUUGUAUAUUAGGAGGUGACAUUGCCAUAAGACACCAUUUUAAUAUGGUUUCCUUUUUUUUUAUAACACAUAAUGUGACCUUGAUAUUUUCUAUGUGGUUUAUGCAUGAAGUGCUGUUACACAACAAUUGAUAUAUAUAUAUUUAUGAUGUGUUUAUGUCAUGAAGUGCUGUUACACAACAAUUUAUAUAUAUAUUUAUGAUGUGUUUAGGUCAACUGGAUAGCCGUGUUAUUGAAAAGCUUACCUUGUUCAUCUUCUAUUGAUUAUUGAUCAUUCAUUGUAACUCAGUGAAGGAUAUUCCUUUUUAGGUGUCCGCAUUUAGAUUUAGAAAUGUAUAUUUAUAUUUAGUCAAUUUAGUUACAUUCUAUUUUUACUUAAUUACUGAAGCUUAUAUUACUUUACAGCUUUAAACUAAGUAAAAAGAUAUUGCUUGGAUAAAAUUAAAAUUAGUUUUUUUAUAAAAGAAAUAUUGACCUUCAUUCUAAGGAUUCUGUAGAUUUUUAUAUUGACAGUGUUUAAGCCUCUUGUUGUUUUUUGUUCACACUUUGAUUUUAGUGUGAUGAGUAUGGUCUCAAAUUUACAGCAGGUCUGCAGGAGAAUUAUUUGUCCUUUGUCUAGUGUAGUUUGACUACACAUCAGGCCAUUGGAUACAUGACUGGCCAAGGGAUUUUUAAGAUAUAGAUCUAUUAUAUCAUUAAUAUUAUCAUAACUUGGUAUUCAGUUUAUGUGGUAUUAAUGACGAUAUGCCCAAAAGCAGCAGUACAAAAUAUAAAAACCUACAAAAGCUAUGAUUAGAAUAUAAAUAGUUUUGUUAAUAGUAUCAUAGUUUCAUGUUGUAUCGGUCCCUGUGUCUUGCUAUACAUCAAUAAAUCAAUAGAACAAAAGGAAGGAACCAAUAUUGGUCAGCAUGAAUUAGGUGAGUCGCUCAAAUGAGUUCAACAUCAGCUCACUGUCAAACUAUGAUUAAUAUAUCAGGCAGCUUAACUUGAUACAAACACAUUUGUCUUUAUUUAUGCUAAUAUAUAAAUAUUUUAAAAUUAGCACUGUGCUUAUUGUGUUUUUUUUCCUUUAUUCAAAGUUUACAUGCUCAGUUUAAAGGUUAACAAUUUAGACUAUUACACACCAUUUCUAAUAAUAGAUGCAUAAGUGGCUUCUCUCUGACUGUACUACUUAAACUUGUUGACUUUGUGUACAUCUAAAUACUCAUGUUCACUUUCAUCCCUGUGUAUUGCUGAUACAUUGCUCACUUUCCUUUUACAGUUCAUUCUAAUGUUUAGUCUGGGUUUAUUUUAGUUGUUUUAAUGUCAUAAUCUCAGUUGAGAUUGCACACUGACCCACACAAUGUAUAGAAUACAGAAUAAGCAAUAACCUUAUUUUUUUCCCAUUCAAUAUUCAUCAAAUCAUUGUAUCAAUAAUGUAAACCUAACUCUAAACCUCUCUUUACAAUGAAUAGCUUUGUAAACACAUUUUCUGAUUUCACUUCACUACAGUGUAAACCAAUAGCAGAUCAGAGUCACUGAAUAGAAUGAGGUGAUGUAAUAUAUUCGAUGUUGUUUUCAUUCUGUGGAGUCAUGGGACUAGUCUACUUUGUUUUAUUUGUGGGUGCAUUUUGAGUUUUUCUUGUAUUCCAUUAUAUACACUGAGAGUGUAGUAAUAUGUUGUUGUUUUUUUAUAUCUUAUUAAGUAUUUGAUUUUAGUGUACAGUUUUAUUGUCCUUAAGUAUAAAGGACAAUUAUUAGUUGUUUUAAUGCUAAAAAAAAAAUACGAAAAAAAAAAUCAUGUUUAAAUAGGAAAUAUAUAUAUAUUUUUGUUUUACUGGUUUAUUUCCAAAUGGAGCACCCCAAAACAAUGUUUUGUCUGAGUUAGUUAGUAUAUUUGAUGACUUUUUACAAAUUCUUUUUAUAUUUUUUCAUUAAUGAAUGUUUUUUGAAUUGCAUAAAAUUAUAUGCAUGGUCACCAGUUUUCUAUUUUGACAUUUGGUUACAAUUGUGUACAUUGGCUUGUUGUACAGUCUGGCUUAUUUCAUUUGUCACAUAGCUUAUGUAAAUAAUCUCUUUGAUAGUAACCAAUUUCUUCUUGAUUUAAUUUGAUGGCGACUUGUUGCCUCGUCUUCAAAUAAUUGUUCUGUUUGUUGCUGACAUAAAAAUAUAAGACUAAUGUGGGCAUGGAGUAAGUCUCUUCUGCAUAUUAUCAUAGCUUGACAUGAUUAAACCUGCAAGGAAUACAUUCACUAAAUACAUUUAAAUAUAGUUCAAUAUUCUUGCAUAA